UGAAUAUGCAUUAAACCUGCAGCAUUAGAGCCGGUAUUCUUCGGGGGCUUUUGCAAAGGACUUAGAAGAAGAAAAGCAAUGGUUCAACGUAAGUUAAAUAGGGCGUCGUCUUCUGCAUGCUUUCAUCGUGACAAUGAGGGUGAAAUAAGGAAAGAGUCAUCAGUCUCUUUUGGAGUUUUGGAAAUGAACCCUUUUUGUGUUGUUGUUCAAAGAUCAGUCUAUAUGGUCUUCACCUUCUUCUUCUUCUUUCUUUUGAGCUCAGUUUCACCUUCAUAUGGAUAUGAUCCUUUGGAUCCUCAUGGCAACAUAACUAUCAAAUGGGAUCUUCUGCAAUCCAAUCUUGAUAAAAAUGAUCUGAAGGUAUCCAUACUUAACCACCAACUAUAUCGCCAAAUAGAGCGGCCUGGCUGGAAGCUGGGUUGGGCGUGGGUAGGUGAUGAGGUGAUUUGGAGCAUGCAGGGAGCUGAGGCUACAGAGCAAGGAAACUGCUCUAGGUUCAAGGGACAAGAACUUCCUCAUUGUUGUGAAAAGAAGCCAGUGAUUGUUGACCUUUUACCCGGAGCCUUGUACAAUCUGCAGACCGCUAAUUGUUGCAAAGGAGGCGUUCUAACAUCCAUGGUACAAGACCCUGAUAAGAUUACUGCGGUUUUUCAGAUGGUUGCUGGAUCUGUCAACGUUUCAGACUUCAUAAUGCCAGAAAAUUUCACUCUUGGAAUUCCAGGAUAUUCCUGUGGGAACCCAGUUUCGGUUGCACCAAGUAAGUAUACUUCUGAUGGAGGCCGUCGGUGGACACAAGCUCUUGGAACUUGGAACGUGACAUGUAUCUACUCCCCGUUUCUGGCAUCAACUUCUCCAAAGUGCUGCGUCUCCUUAUCUGCAUUCUACAAUAGGUCAAUUGUUCCCUGUCCCAAGUGCAGCUGCAGCUGCCAAGGAUUACCUGAAGCAAAAUGUGUAAAGUUUGGUGAAACACCAUCGCUGUUGCAAGAACUAGAAGAUCCAAAUCAGGAGCAACCAUCUUUAGUCAGGUGCACGCAGCAUAUGUGCCCAAUACGGGUCCAUUGGCAUGUGAAACGAAGUUACAAAGAAUAUUGGCGGGUCAAGAUAACGGUGAAUAAUCUGCAUAUCAUGAAGAAUUAUAGCCAUUGGAACUUGGUGGCAUCACACCCCAACCUAAAAAGCCUGACACAAGUUUUCAGCUUCAACUAUGAGCCACUUAACCAGUAUGGUUAUAUCAAUGAUACAGGGAUGUUUUGGGGGAUUCAGUACUACAAUGACAUGCUGCUAGAGGAAGGUGAAAGGGGAAAUGUGCAAACUGAAAUGUUGCUUCACAAAGAUCAAGGGGUGUUCACUUUCAGAGAAGGAUGGGCUUUCCCAAGAAGAAUUAUGUUUAAUGGUGAUGAAUGCGUCAUGCCCCCUCCUGAUGAGUACCCAAGGCUGCCUAAUAGUGGACAUAGUGCCAAAUUGAGCCUUUCUGCAAUCUUUGGCUCAUUGUUGCUGCUAAUAAUUCUGUGCUAA